AUGUCGACAGCCAGCCACGGUGGUCUCACUGCUUCUCUGGCUGUGGCCGCUGCUUGGACCAAUGACAGCAAUGCACACUUUUAUAGAAGUGCUCCCACCCUCUUUAUCCUUGCCUUGCUGGUACACAAGGCUCUGGACACGGAGGUGGGAACCGUGCUUCGCACCUCGUGUAAGGCGCUCAUGGCCUGCGGAUUGGACGCAGGCCCACUGCCGCUGCUGCUCUGCGUCAGUGGCGGCUCGGAUUCUGUGGCUAUGCUGCUUCUGGUGUCCAAGGUAGCCCAGAAGUAUGGCUGGCAGCUGCAUGUGCUUCACUUCAAUCAUGGCCUCAGGCCCGAGUCUGCAUCGGAAGAAACCUUUGUGGAGGCAUUGGCCCAGUCAGUCGGUGCACAGAGUCACCUCCGCCGUGCGGAAGGGGCCUGGCUGAAGGCUGCUCCAGGUGGUCUGCAGGCAGCGGCCCGCAACUGGCGUCGCCAGGAGGCGCUGCAGCUCCUGGAGCAGUUGGAGGCUUCGGCGGGCUGCACAGGUGCUGUACUGCUCGCUCACCAUGCCGAGGACCAGGUGGAGACGCAGCUCCUCAGGUUCCUCCGUGGUGGGCACCUCGCCCGACUGGGUGGCAUGCGAAUCCUCGAAGGCCGCUUCGCGCGUCCCCUUCUGGGCAUCCGCAAGCGCGAGCUGAAGGCCUUCCUGGACUCUGAGGGCCAGGAUUGGAAGGAGGAUGCGUCCAACGCUGAGCCAAUGUACCAACGGAACCGUAUUCGCCUGCAGCUGGUUCCUCUGCUGACUGAGCUGAUUGGCGGGGAGGAUGCCCUUCACAGCCGAUUUGAGGCGCUGGCGGAGCAGAGUGGGCAGCUUGCGUCCAUCUUAGACGAUGCCGUCGACGAGAUCGGAGGCCCUGGCUUCCCAGUCCAAGCUGAAGCAGCUGAGCGAGUUCUGGAGAUUCCGAGUUUCUCUGGCCUCUCGGAGAUGGUGCGCCAGGAGGUUUUGUGGCGCUUUGUGGCAAACGGCUGCGGGGCCUUCCUCAGCUACCCAGCAGUACGGGCCAUCGCAGACCUCGCCUCGGAGAAGGAGUUCACAUGGCCUCUGGGCUCUGGAUGGCAGCUUAGCCUGAGCAAGGCGGAGCUGGACAAGGCGGACAAGGUGGACAAGGGGGCAGCGCGCCUCGUACUGAGUCCCCCGAUGAAAAAGACAAGAGAGCAAGUGUGGAGAGCCAAUGACCUGCUUGUUGUCCACAACUCCACGCCCAGCCUCUCACUUCGAGUGGUGCGUGGUGGGGAAUUCGAGAGCCAGCGGAAGGAGUCGGAAGGCUACGAAGGCUCUUGCCAGUUCUUGCUGUACAACCUGCCCUUGAACACUACUGUGACACUCCGUGGGGCUAAACUUGGCGACCGCUUCUGCCUUGGCCCGAGCAGCCGGGCGCGCGCCAUCAAGCUGACCUACUUCUUGCACCAACAGGGGAAGGUGCCGAGGGAAGCCAGAUUUGGGUGGCCAGUGAUUGCCGUCAAGGCUCCUGGUGUGCCGGAAGUCUUAGCGGCUGUUCUGCCUGACUGGGCAGCUGCAGACUUCAUGGUGACGUGGCAGACGCCAUGGCCUGGACUGAUGGUGAAAACGUGCGAAAACAUGUGCAGCCCACAAGGCGCAGCCGAGACUGACCAGUGUGAGGAGGCUCCAAGACCAGAAGCUGGAACCGGAUUGCUGCAGGCCAAGUCGCACCUGGACCCCAGCCGGUUGCAAGAGGUUGACGAGCCUGACCUUGCCUUUGCGAAUUUUGCUGGGGAGAGCUGGGCAGCUGCACAGCGUCUCCAGGAGCUUGAUGUCAAUAGCAGCCUCAACAAGCUGGCUGUUCAGUGCCGAAAGCGCAAGGCCAAGGCACAUGUUCCUCUGGUGGUCGCCGAGCAACUUCACCAGCAAGUGCGGGACGCACGGGCAACGGCAAGCCGCUUGAAAUCGCGCAAGCAGUGCCCAGGAGAGCUCACGCUGAGGCAGUUCUUUCGCAACCUGACAGUGACAAGCUGCUGUCCCCGCAGCUCGACAGAGUGUGCAGGUUGUGCCCUGUUUUCAGAAGGGAAGUGCCAGGAAUGUGAAGGUGGCUACGUCCGGCAGAACGGGACCUGCGUGGCCUGCCUCAGCACUAUCGACUGGAUCAACGAGAAUGGGGAGUCGUGUGACAGAAUCACAGACUGCAAUGAUCGUCCGGUGAAUGGUCAGAGCAGCAACCAGGCAUGCUGCCAGUGCUCGGGGGGGCACAAGAGCCCCACGCCCUUCAGGUACGCGGAUAAGCGCUUCGCUGUCGGUGCUGCCAUUCACCUCGAGCCUCUUCCCCGAACUGCCACCAGGUACUCCUUGAACUCCGGUUGCAACCUGGCUGCCUACAACCUGACCAUGGACGGCACCACUGGGGUGAUCUCCUACCAGGCAUCCACGGAUCUUCCGGUCAAGGCCUUCAGUGUACAAUGUGAGGUCACAGCACACCAGGGAGCCAAGCUUGAAGAGACGGUCAAGGUGUCGGUUGUUGUGGAGUACAUGACCUACCCAUCUGCGGUUCUCAUCUUCUCCCAUGAUACCCCAUCCUACUCCGUUGCUUCUACACAGACGAUGAAGGAUUUCGGCAUGGUGUGCGCGCCGGAGCAACCAUGGCUCUCCGUGGAUGCCUCCGGGACAGUCACAAGCUCUACUGGCACUGCUGGCGGUGCUGUGACGGCUGUGGAUGAGUUUGCCACCAUGGACGGUGCCGUGUGCGUGGUGUCCGCAACCGAGGGCGCAUCGACCAAGAGGACGACCUCCUUCGCGGCCAUCCGACCCCGGCCAUGGCCGGAACUUGUCUACGAGGAGUCCUAUGCAGAGGUGGUCGUCGGGGAGCAGCUGCCCCCCUUGAGACUGAAGACGCCGAAAGGCUAUGAAGAAGGCACGGGUGGGCUCAAGCCAACCUCCUUUGCCGUGAACUGCAGCUUUGGAUUUCCGGUCUGGUCCUAUGACCGCAACUGGGGUGUGGGGACCAUCUACGGCCAUCAAUUUCUCGAAGUUGCACCGGAUGGGAGCAUUACUCUUGCACCCGGGGAGAGUAUGGCCGAGAUGUUCGAUGAGCUCGAGGCCGACCAGCUCCGUCGCAAGUCGAUCGAGAUGCAUUGCGGUGUAUUUGGAAUGUUUCCGGGAACGGACUUUGAACCCAUCUUCGCACCGAUGAUCUUCAAAGUGAAGGAUAGCAUGUGUUGGGUCAGCGAGUCCUUCUCUGGCGAAGUUGUCUAUGAAAAGACGUACUCCGACGAGCCGAAAUGUCGCAACGGAUGCCGGCACUCCAAGGUCUGCUCCCACUUCAUGUUCUUUCCGCCUGAGACCUGCAAGCAUUUUCGAAUCAACAAUGUAGGCGGGGCACCCGUGACGGCCUACGCCAAGGUCACAGAUUGCACGGACCUUUCCACUUGCAUUCGGCUGAAGCACCCUGAGUGGAUUAUUGCUGGAGACUAUUGCCCUGUUGCGUACGACCUCCGUCGCGGAGGCCCUGUCUAUCGGAAAGACAGCGAGAUCCCGCAGGAGGUGAUGUACCUCGCCUCUGUCCCGACCACUUCGACCACAGCCUGCGGUGCCGGACACUGGCUUGUGCAGCGGGCGAAGCCUGAGGCAGACUACGUGGAUUCCAAGCUGGGCUACUUCGAGCUGGCAGGUGAAGAGCUGCUCUGCUUGCAGCCGGGAAUACCUAGCAGCAAGACGGUCGUGGAGGCAAACGUCACCAAGAACAUCUCCCUGAACUGGGCCACGCUUCCAUGUGGGCAGCCGCUGACACACGAAGUGGAGGAUGGCCAGCUGCAUCCCUUGGUCUUCGACGACCCGACGACGCUCCAGCCGGACGACUACUGGCUGCACCCUUGCGAUUGCAUUCCGCCAGAGUGGGGUUUGCAUCCUCCAGCGAACCCGCUGGUUGCAGAGGGCCUUCCCGCUGCCAGUGACGGUUCCUUCAUUCCUCCUCCGCUGCUCAUUGUUCAGGGCCAGUUCGCUUGCCCUUCCAGGCAGCUGCUUUCAGGAAAGAGGGGCAUGUACUUCGAGACGGAGGCCGAGGCGUUCGAGAAGGCAGAUUGCCAGGAGCGUUGCAAGGAUUUCGUAGAUUGCCAAUUCUACUGGACAGGCACCUCCCAUGGAGCACAGACUUGCCGCCUUUUCAACGGGUGCGACAGCUUGGUGCGUGAAUUUGGCAUGGACGGCGACCUUUAUGCUUUGCCCCAAAACAAGAGCUGCCUGGUCGCGAACCCAGAAGUUUGCUGGAAGACGACUCUGCGGAGGCAGUUCCUGACGCAGAAGGUAAGUGUCUCGCCGUCCUUCACGCAUUCUUCCGCCCUUUUCAACGCAGGAGGCUUGGCGGAUUUCCGGAGCAAUGCCUCACGCACAUUGGACCGCGAGUUCACCUACGAGGAGAAGCUGGGUGACAUCUCCAGUGUGAAGUUUCUUGGGUGGACAGAGAUUUUCAAGCCCUUCGGCUUUGUGAGAAGUCUGGGUGGCCUGGCAAGUGCGACGGUGCAGGGCCUGAACCCAAACCAGGAGUAUGAAUGGGAGCUCCUCACCAGCAGCAACCAGAAGGAAGUUAAGCAUAAAGUGGCGGUGAACCAUGGGGCACAAAUGAAUGUGGGCCAGCCGGAGAUCAAAGCGAGUGAGGAGUUUGCCGUGAUGAUGCAAGGAAAGUCCAAGUCGACUCCUCGAGGAGAGCUGGUCUUCGAUUUCGAGGCCAGUGACUUCGCUCUCGGGCCACAGGAUCUUCGUAGUGGGCCCUCGUCUAGCAUCGCAACCAAGAGUUGCCCUUCGGGAACGAAAAUGACUCAUUGUUCGUGCUAUGCUGAUUCAGGAGUGUGCGCCGGUGCGAAGAUGGAGCCGGCAUCAAAUCCGAGAACAUGCAGCGCCUAUGGGAGCCGCGAUGUCAGUGGAGGCAGCUCCAAGGCCGUCUCGGUGAGGGCGCACGUGCGCUGCAUGAGGUUGACGUAUUUGCGCAAUCUUCAAGUCGUGACAAGCGGUGGGGCCAGCUUCAGCUUCUUGCAGAACGGCGCAGCUGACAACAACCUCACCCAACUUUUGGAUGUGGACGAGGAGGACGUCGACGUAGAGGUGAGUCUGGAUGCUGAUGGACACACGCAGGAGGAGAUGGAGGAUGAGGAGGAGAAGGAGGAGGAGGCGCCUGAGCCUGAGGAGGACAGCCCAGGUGACGAGCACAAUGAAGCCGAGUUCGAAGGGCUUGAAGACGAAGACGAACACUCCGAAGACGACGCUGGCGAAGAUGAGGACCUCGAAGGUGAGGUCAGCACUUCGGAGGAUUCGGAGGACGAGGAUGAAAGCGAGCACGGCAUUGCUUUGACCCAAGAGGGUACGCAGUCAGUUUCAAGCGUGCAGUCGUGGCGUCGCCGUCGCCGCCGCCGUCGUCGCCGCAGAGCGCCGCCCCCACCACCUAGGCGCAGGCGCUCUCGGCGCCGACGCUCUCGACGCAGACGCUCGCUUCCCGCUCAGGUUUCUGCAUCUUGCCCCAACGGGAAACGACUGUUGACUUGCUCCUGUUAUCCUGACAGCUUCUUGGAGAAGCAAUCACACUGGACCGACGUCCGCCAUCACUGCAAGAGAGUGUGGAGGAGCGGGACGAAAUGCUUCGCGAAAGGUGGAUAUGCUCAGGCUUUGUGCGGAGAUCUUGAAGCGCCUGCGGCUCGUGCGUGGCAAGAUCGUGAAGCUUUUGGCAAGUAUUGGACCAACAAGGAGGAAGGUCCAGUGGCAAGUUGCCCUUCGGAAACGGUCCUGCUUGGGUGUUGGUGCCAGUCGACGAGUGGCGCAGAGAAGGACUGUACUCGCCUCUGGACCGACGGCAAUCAAUGCCGUGCUUCAACCGGCCCAGGGAGAGUGACGACAGUCCAUGUCAACAUCAAGAUCACCGCCCGCUGCGCAGACCUCCGGGCAUCGGCGCUGAUCCUCAGCGGCAUCAACCUCACGCGGGUAACGUCAACGAGCUUGCUCCAGGACACCCCGGACGCGAACUCCGCCGAAGCGAUCGUUCCAUUUGCAUCCAAGUCCUUCAGCUACAUGCACCUGUUCCAGCAGUGUGAUGCACUGCUUCUCAUGGGCGGCCUUGGGGUGGAGACCUGCUCGCGGCCAAGCUACCGGGAGCCAAGUUCGCAUGCUUGGCGCGGCAAGCGGCCUCUGCCUUCCUUUUUUCUGCCUGGAACGGAAUUAAAGGUUGGCUGUUGGCACGAGCGAUAUCAGUCCUUCCGGGCAGGCUUCCUGCAGCCGGGAGAAAACCUUCACUGUGUCAACGGAGAUUGGUACAACUCUCUGCAGCUUCCAGAACUCACAGCUUUCGUGUGUGAACCGUGCGUCCUGGUCGCUGGAAAGGGAUACACGAACUACGCCCGGAGGCAGCAGCAAGAGCUGUACUACUUCAGCCGGAUGGCCAUGCGAGUCUACACCGAGUUGGGUUCAUUAGCAGCGACGCACGGUGCAGCCCAGAAGUACUGCCUCUUCAAAGAGGACACUGCCCAAAAUGCUUCCGCAGCUGGAGGCAACAUGACCUUGCAAGCUUCAGCGGCUUGUCCUGAGAUCCUGGCGCUGGAGGUUGUGGGUUCGGCUGAAGUCGAAGAUCGCAUGAUGGCCCUGCUUGACUAUGGUGUGCCAGACCAUGGUCAGUGCUUGGAGGCUUUGCCGGCGGCCGAUGGUGUCAGCCCUAGCCUGGGCUAUCAGAAAUGUGACUUGGAAAACGAGCGGCAGCUAAUCUCACCCAUGGCACUGCCUGGUGUCCUCUGGGAUAUGCACAAGGAAGCAGAUCGCACCCACGGCGAGGACUUCCACAAGGCCUUUGGCUCUUACUGUGGAGCACAUGGGGCACUGUCGAGUUUGGCCUUCGGCCAGGUCUUUGCAGGAGAUGCAAGCAUCAAGUCCACGUGCCGCUUCGCGCCAGUCAUUCAGUUCGGAGAGUUCCUGGACACCGCGAUCACAUACGACAAGAGAAGCCAGGAUUGGCCGGAAUGGAACACGCUAUUGGCCGACUCACCUGUUCAGUGCCCGGAUGGGGAAGCCCUCACUGGUUUCAAGCUUCUGCCAGCCCGCAACAUCUUCCGAUACGAAUGCAGCCGCAUCGGUGGCCUCGGUGCUAGCUACGAGUACUUCAGCGCACAAGUGGAGGUUAAGAAGUUCGACCAAACCAGGGCAAACUGGAUCGGAGCUCUGCGCAUGAUCAAAGUGGACUGCGGUGAUGACGCCCUGCUUAGCGGCUUCCACUUCGAGUUCUCCGAAGGGGGACGCUGGGCUCGCUCCAAGUUUAUGUGCUCGAAAGCCGGCGGAGCCCCAGUGGUAAUGGAACCCUCGACUACCAUCGAAGCCAUGUCCCAGACACCGGAAGGUGUCUUCUGUCCGCUGCAACCAGAUGCCCACACUGGCCGCUACCGGUACAUCAAUGCGAAUACUGGCGACACCUUGUUCUUCGACAGGAGCGGCAAGUGGUGUGUGGGGCCCGAUUGCUCUUUACCAGUGGGCGGUGCCAACCCGGUCGGGGUUGUGAUGACGAUCUUCGAGGUCCAGAACGUCACAGACUUCGACGGCCACUUUGAGGGAAAGGGAGUUCCCGCACCGGAAGGAGGCGGAAUGGACGACCUCGCAAAGAAGCUCAAAGCGAUCAAGCCCCCGAAGCGCCCAGCGCAGCCACCGAAGCCCAAGCUCCAGGAGUACAAGGCUCAGAUGCCCAAGUACGCUGACGAAUGCUUGGACUACCAGGAUCUCUGGAACAAAGUCAUUGAAACCCACAAGAACGCGGAGAAUGAGGAGGUUGUGGAGGAGUCGAAGCUCGAGCCAGACGAGGGCACCGUUGACGCCGAGCUGCCGGACUACCAUCCCUGCCAGAUCGUUCAGUCCAACUCCUUCGGAAUCUUUGGCAGACUGGCGGGUGACGAUGGCAAGUAUGCUCCCGAUAACAUGCUCUACAAGGACUGGAGGCGGUGCAUGAAUGGAGACAUUAAUCGGGAUAUGCUCUCCGGAUACAUGGAGUUUGGCAACAGCCUUUAUCACAGCAUUGCCAAUGUUGUCCACACGGCGGUCAAGCUGGUUUGCGCUUCCAUUCCCAACGUGGAGGUGGCUCCCCUUGGCGCUGGCGUUGAGCCUUCACCGCCGAAGAUCUGCGGUGAAGUUACAGACUUAGUGCGCACAAUAGUGGACCUGCCCUUUGACAUCAGCAAGCAGUCCGUGGAUUUGGCCACUGAGAUCGAGGGGUACAACGCUUGCAAUCCCUACGAGUCGGGCUUCUCGCGGCUCUUCUGUGACAUCCACUGCGUGCGCGAUGCGGUCAUCCGCGGCGAUCGAACUAUCCUUCAGAACCUGGAGCAGGCCACCAAGAUCUCAAACGACAACAUGAGGAAGAUGGUGGAGUGGUCCACGGAAGCAACUAGGACUGAGACAGAAUAUUUGGACAAGAAGAUCGACCACUCGCUGAAGAUCAACACAAUUUACCUGCACCACAUCGCCCAGAACACCCAGCCCAAGGAGGAGGAGCUCUUGCAGAAUGCUGCGGCUGCCACCGGUUCCAUGCUCACCGAGCUCAAGGGCUUUGCGGAGGUCUCGUCCUUCGGCACUUCCCGCUUGACUGCAAGAGACGCCCUGCAAAGGUUCAUUGACACUGCGCAGCCCUUCGUUGACGGCAACGCCACUCGCAGUGGCCAGGUGCAGAAGUUCCAGGGUCAGCUGUCCGACCUUUACCAGACAAUGCGGGCAUCCACUGGUGGACUGACGAGGGCGCAGGUCGUAGGACGGCAGGUUGCCAGCGAGGCCCAAGAGCUUCAAGCACGAACGCGCCAGCAAGCACAGGUUCUGGGUAUCUACCGAGCGCACAGCCGCGCCGCACACAAGGCGGCAAAGUCCUGGAAGCAAUCAGACGCGGAGACGGUGCUAGUGACCCUGGACAAGCUCUGGUGGCGAAUGCGUGACAGGCUCGACCGCUACCUGGAUGUGGCUGGCGAGGAGAUUCUCCAAAUUGAGCGCUCCUUUGCCGCCCUGGCCGAGUACGAGAACUGCAAAGCAGGCACAGUUGACCUCCUUCGGUCUUAUUCCUCCGGCAUGAAGUCGAUGCGCCGGAGCCGGAGCCAGCUUCGAGCCGUUUGGCGGGAGACUUCCAACCUGAUGGGGGAGCUUGCGGCUAUCAUCAGUGAUGGUGAUGUCUUUGGUCACCUCAUGGAUGCUGAGGGCUGCGGCUCUUCUUUGGCCUCGCAGACUCUGGAUCAGAUCCGCUUUGUGCUGCAAGACACGGGCUUCCUGAUCCACCGCUUCCAGGUGGCGAAUCUACCGGAGCCAGAUGUCUCGGUGUUACAAGCUGCAGUGAAGCAGAUUCAUGGCGCUUAUGCUUCGGCGCGGUCUUCCUGCACAGCAACCGCGCCUGACAGUGUGUAG